GCACCGUAAAUACAAAAGAUCAGGAAAAUGCGAAAGAUUCGCAAUGAAAUCGAAGUGCGCUUGUUACCAUCCUAUAUAAAUCAAUCAACACAAUUCUUCAACACGGCAAGGAAGUAUAUAUAACAUCAAACACAUUAUAAAUUUGUUUCAUAACUCUCUGUCUUCUCUGAGUACGCGCAGGUUCAUUCGAUUGGUGAGGACAAGUUGCGUUGAACUUGAAGACAAAAAAGAAAGUAUUUUAUUGUGAUCAUAUCGAAAUAGAGGACCGGCAAUAAAUUUGAGAAAAUCCGUGCAAAAAUUUUAAAAUCGACAUGAUAGGAAAGUGAACUGUUUGUUGUUUUUAUAAAGUGAUAAUAAAAUAAUACGUGAUAAGUUUUAACCGUUGUGGAGAUGGAUGUUGAAGAAUUCAGAUGCAGGGGAAAAGAAAUGGUGGAUUACAUUUGCUCCUACCUGAACAAUGUUGAAAAGAAAAGAGUUACUCCUAACGUGGAACCCGGAUAUUUGAGGAACUUGUUACCGGAAGAAGCACCGCAAGAACCAGAAAGUUGGGAUGAUAUUAUGAAGGAUGUGGAUGAUAAAAUAAUGCCUGGGAUAACACAUUGGCAGCACCCUAGAUUUCAUGCCUAUUUUCCCAGUGGUAAUUCUUUUCCGAGUAUAUUGGCGGAUAUGUUGAGUGAUGCUAUAGGAUGUAUAGGAUUUUCUUGGGCUGCCAGUCCGUCAUGCACAGAAUUAGAAACCAUAGUAAUUGAUUGGUUGGGAAAAGCUAUAGGCUUACCAAAUCAUUUCAUCACUUCUUCCAGAGGAAGUACUGGUGGAGGUGUAAUACAAGGAUCAGCAAGUGAAUGUAUUCUAGUUUCAAUGUUGGCCGCUCGAAAUCAAGCCAUCAAACAUCUGAAGAAGAAGAACCCAGAUGUAGAAGAUAGUGCUUUCUUACCCAAAUUAGUAGGAUAUUGCUCGAGAGAAUCACACUCUUGCGUUGAGAAAGCUGCCAAGAUACUGCUUGUCAAUCUGAGAAUAUUGGAUCCAGACGAAAACUGUUCCCUACGUGGUGAAACUCUCAGAGAAGCCAUGAAAGAAGAUGAAGCGAAAGGAUUGUUACCAUUUUUUGUAUCGACAACUUUAGGAACAACAUCUUGUUGCUCAUUCGAUAAUUUAUUAGAAAUUGGUCCUAUAUGUAAGGAAAAACCUUGUACUUGGUUACACGUGGAUGCUGCUUAUGGUGGAAAUGCUUUGAUCCUUCCCGAAUUGAAAUAUCUUCUAAAAGGUCUAGAAUACGCGGACUCCUUCAACAUAAACCCUAACAAAUGGCUUUUAGUGAAUUUUGAUUGCUCCUGUUUAUGGGUGAAAUCGCGAAAAAGACUUACUCAUGCUUUAGUGGUAGAUCCAUUGUACUUGCAGCAUGCAAACGCAGAUGAAGCAAUAGAUUACAGACAUUGGGGUAUUCCUCUAAGCCGGAGAUUUCGGGCAUUGAAACUUUGGUUCGUUAUAAGGAAAUAUGGUCUAACUGGACUACAAUCUUACAUAAGGAAUCAUAUAAAAUUAGCUAAAUAUUUCGAGAGUCUUGUACUUGAAGAUAGUAGAUUUGAAAUAAUGAACGAAGUUAGAUUAGGUUUAGUUUGUUUUCGCGUAAAAGCGAAUGAUACAGUCAAUCAAAAUCUCUUAGCUAUUAUCAACGCAGCUGGAAAGCUGCACAUGAUUCCUUCUAUGGUUAAAGGGAAAUAUGUUAUCAGAUUCUGUGUGACCCACGAAUACGCAAAACAAGAAGAUAUGGAUGUAGCAUGGUCGGUGAUACAGAAACAUGCUUCAAGACUUAUUGAUAUGCGAAAAGAAAUCUUUAUCAGACCUCCUCUUACACGCCAAAAAUCCAAAAGAUUUUCCUUCACCAGAAGUGUUUCUAAAGAACUUUAUAGAAGAUCUAUUAGCAAAUCUAACUUGCACGAUGGUGCUACACCUAUUUUGAUUGCCGAUACUGAUGAUGAAAAUGAAAAAUACAAUGAUGGCAUACUAAAUGAUUUGGUGAAUUCUAACAACUUUGACGAAGAUGAUGAAGUGUUUAUUAACUGCGAGGAACCUGAUAAGAGAAUUCUAGCAGCAAAUUCAAUAUAAAAGUAUUUAUUUCAAAACUUUAUUUUAAUGUGUACAAAUAUAUUUUGAAUAUUAAUUUAAAUGAACAAUUAAAAAAUUUUGAACCGA